AUGCCUCGCUCCACCCUCGUCGUCGCGAGUGCAGUCCUCGCACUCCUAUCUCCCCUCGCCCAGGCCAAGAUCAAGAGCGAAAUACGCACGUACCUCUUCACCAGCGACGACUGCAAUGGACCAACUAUCGGCGGCAACGAGGACCUCAAGGUUAACAAGUGUCACGACAUUGUCAGCGGCGCCAACAGCAUGAGGCCUUCCACAAACAAGCACCAGGAGUGGCUCAACCAGAUCAACCUCGGACAGCAAGAGUGCUGGGUCGCCACAUACAAGCAUCACGGCUGCUCAGGCUACCCAUCAAUUGUCGAAGAACUCCCCGGGGCCAUCGAUCAGUGCUUGUCACCAGACGAACAGUUUCUCUCCAUAAUGUUUGGAUGUCGAGACCUGAAGUCAGAGAACUUUACGACUACCGUCGUGGUGACACCACCCACCAUCGUUACCGUAGCUCCGCAGCCGAUCUCAACUUCCUACAUUACGGUAGUUGAACAACCGGCCUCAACCACCAUUACGGUCAUUGAACAACCGGCCAAAACCACCAUUACGGUAAUUGAGCAAGCGAAGGAUACCGUCACCGUAUAUCCACCAACGAUCACCGUCACCACCGUACUUCCGCAACCGAAUAGCACCUAUAUCAUUCAGCAACCGAUCACAACUUCCACCGUGGUCACCGAGGUUGGGAUUGUCGGCUAUCUCACAACAUGGAAGCACGCUGGCAGCUCUUUUACCAACUACGUCUCGACUGUCUUGACGACUUCCACCAAGACUUUGUAUUCCACGAAGAGGACCGUCCCCACCUCCACCGAGACUAUCAUCCCGAACCCCACGGAGAUCAUCCCGCUAAGACCCUUCAUCAUGCCGACCUCCAUAGAGACUAUCACCCCGAUGCAUUACGGAACCGUGCUUCCUAGCUCUCGGCCCCAUACCGUAACCGCCUAUGUCGAAGACAGCCACUACCCGCGCGAGCGUCGCUCCGACCCUCAGUCCGAGGCCCAUGCUCUGGAGCCACGCCGCAGGAGCAAGUGGAAGGGCCCUCGGAUUGGUGUAUGGAUGAAGCACCCUUGGUCUCAGGCGGUCAUUUGCUACGAAUGCUACGCCAAGGCUCAUGACAAUCUGUGGAAGUUCGAGUGCCGCUCUGGACCGAACAACCCCGUCUCAUGCGAGGGCCCGGCACCUGAUCCCAACGAAACCGUCACCGUCACACAUACUCCAGAUGUCACGGUAACCCAGGGUGCAGCGACCACCAGCGUGUCAGUCGUUACAGUAACCGCUGGGCAUGCGAUUACAACGGUCAUCGGCGGCAACCCAAUUCAGCCAAUGCAGACCAUUACGCUCGGCCAGAAGGAAGCCGAUCUAGAACGCCGCUCAUUCCACAGGGCUGUCAGAUUCACCCACCCGUGGUAUCCUGGCACAGAGAUGUGCGCAGAUGCUGAAUGGGAGGAGCGUGGAUCGAAGGGGUCAGAAGUCCGAAUCCAAAAACCCAAGGAAGACAUGAAGAAGUGCACUCCGAAGCAGCAAGUGCAGUACAUCGACGCCACUCCAGAGACGAAGACUGUCGUACUCCCUUACUCUACUGUCUCUGUGAUCUUCAGCACCUCCACGGUUUAUCCUCCGGCUAUCGUCACCGUCGCUCCUCCGUCUAUCGUCACCGUCGCUCCUCCGUCCGUCGUCACGGUCAUUGGCUCUCAACCCGUGGUUACUAUCACCACCAUCUCGGCUCCUGCCAUGGUCACCGUCACUCAUCAGUUUCCUCCUGCAGCCGUCACCACAACCAUAAUCGCCGCCCCCGAGCCACCUUGCACGACCGAACCCUACUCCAUCAAAACCGUCUACGUCGACCCUGAGCCACCCUGCACCACCACCCCCGCACCUGUUUCCAUCACAACCACAACCGUCUUCGUCGACCCCGAGCCACCUUGCGAUACGGUCACCGUCUCCCCCGAGCCACCCUGCGACACGGUCACUGUCGUCGGAAGAUCUGCGCCCACGCCCUACACCACCUUCUACUCAAAGCGCCAGCAGCUGCGCGAUCUCUGA